GUAAAAUACCAAUCAGUUAUGUGUGCAAACGGAAUCAUUUGCGAGCUUGACGGACCAUACAAGGGACGUCGACAUGACUCCGGUAUGCUGCGAGAGAGCCGGCUCUACGACAAAUUGUUGCAGUUGGUGGAUGGCCACUCAUAUGUGCUGUAUGGUGACCCGGCCUAUCCCUUGAGGCCACUUCUGCUCGAGCCUUAUGGCUCAAAGGCGACCCCAGCACAGGUGGAAUUUAACAAAGCGAUGAGUACCGUAACGCAAGCCGUUGAAUGGGGGUUCAACAAGGUUGUCGCUGAAUUUGCCUUUGUUGAUUUUAAAAAGAAUCAAAAGAUCCGCAAGCAAAAAGUGGCUCUCAUGUACAGGGUGGCUGUCCUUCUGUCAAACUGCCACACCUGUAUCUAUGGAAGCCAGAUCACUAGCUUUUUUUAUCUGGAACCUCCGACACUGAUAGAAUAUCUCCAGCCUAUGUCUAGGUAA